AGGAGGAGGAGGAGGAGGCCGGCGGAGGAGAUGGCCACCACCCAGGCCCCGCGCGGCGCCGAGCCUGGGGAGGCCGAGCGGCUCUCGGAGGGCGACGAGGAUGGAGGGACCGCCGGGCUCCUCAGCGGCUGCGUGCCCCUCUCCCACCAGGUGGCCGGGCACAUGUAUGGCAAGGACAAGGGCGGAAUAUUGCAGCAUCCAGAUGGCACAGUCCUCAAACAAUUGCAGCCUCCACCGCGAGGGCCCAGAGAACUAGAAUUUUAUAAUAAGGUGUAUGCUCCUACCUGUGGAGAUUCUGUGUUUCUAGAACUCCGAAAAUUUUUGCCAAAAUAUUAUGGAACCUGGUCACCACCUACUGCACCCAAUGGUACUAAUGCUAAACACCUGUACCUGAAACUGGAAGAUGUGACACACAGGUUUAAAAAGCCAUGUAUAAUGGAUGUAAAAAUAGGUCAGAAAAGCUAUGAUCCAUAUGCCUCAGCUGAGAAGAUUAAGCAACAGGUCAGCAAGUAUCCAUUAAUGGAAGAGAUUGGGUUCUUGGUGCUUGGCAUGAGGGUGUACCACGUCCAUUCUGACAGCUACGAGACACAGAACCAGCAUUACGGAAGAGGCUUAACAAAAGAGACAAUAAAAGAUGGUGUGGCUCGUUUUUUCUUUAAUGGAUAUGUCCUGAGAAAAGAUGCGAUAGCUGCCAGUAUUCAGAAGAUUAGAGAAAUCUUGCAGUGGUUUGAGAGCCAGAAGCAGCUUAAUUUUUAUGCAAGUUCCUUACUAUUUGUCUAUGAUGGCUUGUCUUCAGUGACAACUACAUGGCUAAGUACUGGCACUCUGGUCGAAAAGAGAAGAGCCUCCAAUGGGCAAGUCCCAAGCGGUGACACACUGGAAUAUAACAACAACAUCCAUGUAAUCAAGAAUACAGAAAAUGGAAAGGUGGAGACCACUGUGGGCAAAGGCUUCUCUAAAAUGUAUGCACUUCGGAAAAGGCACCAGAGUCAAAUUUCGCUAAAAGUUGAAACUUUGGAACCAGACAAUACAUGGAAGAGCAGUGCUUGCUUUUCACAGAAACAUCUGAAUGGAAAUGUUAUACCUCAGCUGGAAAAGGUUUUCUGCCACAUGCCCACUACGCUGCCAGAAAGUGCAGAAGUUGAAAUCAGGAUGAUAGAUUUUGCGCACGUUUUCCCCAGCAGUGCACGAGAUGAGGGCUACAUUCAUGGUCUGAAGAACUUAAUUACCGUCCUUCAAAAUAUUUUGGAUACCUAAAGUUUUUUUUUUGCAAGUAUUUCUAUUGGGGCCAAUUACAGUGAAAAGCAACAACAUUUCUGCACUUGUGAUCCUGUUAUAUGUUGGUUUGUAUUGUACUACAUUUUACGUGUCUUUGUAUUUUUGGUAGAAUGAUCAAGUAUUUUAUAAUCUUACUCAGGAAAACUAUUCUGUAGUUUAGUAAAAAUCAAAGAGAAAAGCUAAUGAGAUUAACUGGCAGUUGUAGGGAUUUACACUCAGUAACUAAAGCUUACCUGAAAUUGGGGGAAUUUGUCAGGUAAAAUCAUUGGGCUUUCUUAAAUGUUUUCCCUUAAUCAGAGUCCGUUCAUGCAGCCAGAACACUGAGCCAUAUUUCUAAUGGGUUGUUGGAAGAAUAUUAGGGUAUUAUCCUUGAGUGUUUACUACAUCUUUAAAACUGGAGUUAAUUAUGUUUCUGAGGGAUAAGUCCUUAAAAUCUAUAUUUCAAUUGAACCAGCCUUAAAAAACAAAGAACAAAAAACAAGAUGCAGCCAUACUGCUACAUUGUUAAUAUUGAUUAGAGAUGUUCAUUUUCCAUGACUAAAUUUAAAGUAUAUUCUUGCAGUAAAAUAAGUUGGUGCUAUUUAUUUUUUCCUCAAAAAUGGUAAAAUAGGUAUUGGUUCUGCAGUUUUGAAAGGUUUGUGUCCCUGAGGUCCUCUUCAGUCUAUAAUAUUAAGCUGUAGGCAGCUUUCAACGCUGUUAAGAAGCAGUAAAAGUAGAUACACAAAUGAGUUCAGAGAAUCUAAAGUGGUGGUUCUCAACCUGUGGGUCCCCAGAUGUUUUGGCCUUCAACUCCCAGAAAUCCUCACAGCUGGUAAACUGGCUGGGAUUUCUGGGAGUUGUAGGCCAAAACACCUGAGGACCCACAGGUUGAGAACCACUGAUGUAAAGCCAUUUAUUAAAGUAAGAUAGCACUUUCACCACUUUUGGUGUGUUGUUGUGUAGGGUUGAAUCCAGACUUGUCUCUCCAAACAUGGAAAUAGUCCCUCUGUUUCGGAGAGCGCCAAGAUCCAGCAGAUGUUUCCCACUAGAACAGUGGUUCUCAACCUGUGGUCCCCAGAUGUUUUGGCCUUCAACUCCCAGAAAUCCUAACAGCUGGUAAACUGGCUGGGAUUUCUGGGAGUUGUAGGCCAAAACUCCUGGGGACCCACAGGUUGAGAACCUCUGCACUAGAAGAAAUGGAAUGUGGCCACAAUAGUCAACCAUUUCUCCUCCUUCUUGCAGCACAAGGGAUUAUGCUAGAAACUGGGUAGAGGGGAUAAUCAGUGAAAUUGCUGACCCACUCCAUUUCUCUAGCACUAGCAGAACUUCAUUGCAUGUGAACAGAUGGAAGUGAUAUUUCCAAUGCAUAAUAUCUCAUGCCAUUGUUAUAAUUAAUUCAAAAGGAGGCAAUUGGAGAGAAUAUUUAAGGAGAUGGGUGAUUUUUCCAUUUGCAUCUUGCCUCUGUUGUCAGAUCCAUCCAUUUUUUCUACUAAGUUGCCGAUGUAGAAAAAUGACCACAAUGUUAUCUCGUUUUUGUAGGUGGAUUAAAUUUUUUCCAGAUCUCAUGAGGCUGCAUUUGGGGUUACUUGAGGCAAAGCACUAAACUGUGAUGGGGACAAGUGGAUGCAAGCUCUUGAAUUAUUUUUGAAAAAUACAUUUUACUUAUGUCCUCUUUUGCAUGGGACAAGAGAAAGAGUAAAGGCUUU